AUGUCUCCAUUCUCAGCAUAUUUUACGCUAAUCAUGAUUGCUUUCUAUGGUGCUACGAAAGCUCAGCUUGAACAACCUAAUAAAGAAGCAGAGGUCGCCCCACAAACUCUUCCUGGUGUAAGCCUUCCUGUUGCGCCAGCACAGAAAAUUGGAGCGUCCGACCAAAACGGAGCUGGUGGUUUCUUUACUCUGCAGAAACUGUUUGAAAUGUUUACCAACUUCUCCCGUGGUCUUCUUGCCCCCUUUCAACGCUCUGGCGACGGAUCCCCCCUCACACUGCCUGGGCUGCCAAACCUGCUUGACAUAUUCAAACUACCUGGAAGCUUCCUUGGAUUCCGCGCUCAAGACACUCCACGAAGUCGAAGUGAAGUGGGAGGAAAAAGCAUUUUCGCAGAGCGGCUUUCUACGCCCAGGCCUUUUCAUGGGAUAGAUCUACCCCCGCCAAGAGCGCACGUUGAAGCAAGCACUCUUCCAGAUAUCUCAACCGCCCCUCAAGCACCCGAUUAUUGUAUUUCCAAGCUCAAGAAACAGUUCAAAGACAAUGAUACAUAUUUCGAAGAUGUCAAAAAUCAAGUUCAAGAGAACAAAAUCGCGGGUGCUUAUGAAGUUGUUUAUGCAAAGGCGGCCGAGAUCUGUACUGCUGAACAAGUGGAACGUCUGAAAGCAUUGUUCAACGAGUAUGACAUCAUACAGAAAGAUAUUGAGGAUCUUGCGCCCCAGUACAGCAAAGAAACUAAAAAUCAAAUACUGCAAUGGCUGAGAGAGGACAAUUUCGCUAAACUUUCUCAAUUUCUCGUAAAGGAAGUUAUGGCUAACAAACACAAAACAAGACACUCAAAGUUGAUGGAGAUCUCAUCUCAACUGAACUCGAUGCAAUUUGAUCAAAUCGUGAAUCCCAUAUGA